AUGCUCAAAACUGUUGCCCCUGGACAGCUUAUCACAGUCAAAGCCAAAGUAACUGCUCUACGAGAAGCUAAAACUCUCCAAACAAGUAGAGGAACAUUAAAAAUGAUCGAAGGCCAGAUCGUAGAUCCCCAAGGGUACUCUAAAAUAGUAUUUUGGGAGAAUUUUUGUGAUCAGGUAGAAGCGGGCACAACAUACAUUUUUGAAAAUAUACAAGUCAAGAAAGAUGCUGUUACUAAACAAGUUUAUGUCAAUACAGCAAAAAGUGGCACAACUAUUACAGCCACGGAGCCACAUGCUAAUAUAUUAGCCUUAGCACCAACGUUUACAGUUUCUGAUGAUUCUAUGACAACCAGUGUAGAAGGGUCUGUAGCAGGGGUGAUUUCUACAUCAAUGUAUAUAGCAUGUAAUAAAUGCAACAAAAAGAUACAAAAUGAUAAUUCGUCCGAAAUUAUCAAAUGCAAUUAUUGUAACAUGCAACAGUUGGCAGGCCUGUGCCCAACACAGUAUUAUGCACAAUUCUUUUUUCUAACCACACCAAAGAAGGACAGGUUAACUCUUACACUUUUUAACAAAGUUAUCUCACAGUUGUUUUCAACAGAAGGUGUCAUUAAUCCUUCUAAGAACGACUUUGUAAAGGUCUUACUAGGCUUAAAAGACAUAGUAGUAACGUACAAUAAACGUUCCAAAGUAGUCACUAACAUUCUCAGACCCCAUAUUUAG